ACAUCUAAGCUCCUACAUCGCCUCAAUACUUCGUACCUGGUAUAUAACCCCACCUCGAAACCCCAAGAAUGAUAGUCAGAGCAUCUCGAUUCGUAUCUCGGUGCACGUUUCCGAAGACAUGAAUACCUAGGUACAAGCUCGAAUCAGGAGCUAAAUAAUUUACGUAAUCCAAAGCCCGGGCCAUUAUCAGUGGAUCCGGGUCCGUCAUAAGUUCAUAACCAACCUACAGUAGUACUACUAGUAACUAGUUAUUAGUACCUAAGCUUACCGUACAGGGCCCCGUGGAAAAGCUUCUAUUUCCCCAGCUCCCAAUUCCGCAAACAAAAAGAAAAUGAACAACUUCGGGGUAAUCGAGCUCGCGAGCACAAAGACAACCAACGCCCCCGGCUGGGCCUACGUCCCGGACAACACGGCGCCGCACCUCGCGUCCGCGGCGUCGUCAUUGCAGCCCGGCCACCGCAACAAGCGGGCGGCGCGCAACCAAGCCGCGAGCAGCACCAGCGCCUUGUACGCCGACGCCGACGCGCGGCAGGAGGCGAAGCUGCGGCGGGAGAUCGAGGCCCUCGACCGCGACAACUACCACCGCGACAUCGGCAGCAUCCCCGUCGUCGCCGGGAAGGGCGGCAGUGGUAAAGCGGCGGGGAAGAAGCACACGGCCAACGUGCGCAAGAUCCUGCAGUCGCAGAAGACGUUCGCGAACCACCUCGCCGACUUCGAGGCCCUGCUCUCCCAGGAGAAAACAACGAGUACCGGCCUUUCUGCCACUGCCGCCGCAGCCGCAGCAUCAUCAUCAUCAUCAGCGGCGGCUUUAGAAAAACAACAACAGCAGCAGCAGAAAAAACACAGCAAAAAGAAAUCACAAACCCGGCCAUCGUCCCGCUCGGCAUCGAUAUCGAAAGCAACGCCCGCCGUGAAGCAAGAAGAAGACGACGUCGAGAUGCUCGACGCCGACGCCGACGCCACCUCCACCUCCACUCCCCAUCCCCACGAUCCCCACACGAUCCUAACGCCCUCCGCGCGACCCUCCCCCCCCUCCUCCUCGCACCCCCUCGACGCCUCUCCUCUCCUCAUCUCCCGCGUGCCCCCGCUCCCCACAGACGCGGAGCUGAGAGCGUUGCUGUCGGCGCCGCCGCUAAGCUACACGGAGGCGCGGGCGCGGUGGACGGCGGACGACAAGCGGUACCCCGCGCGUUCGUUCUGCGAGGUGUGCGGGUACUGGGGGCGGGUGCGGUGCAUGAAGUGCGGGGUGCGCGUGUGCGCGCUCGACUGCCUCGAGACGCACCGCGAGGAGUGCGUUACGCGGUAUGGGCUGUGAAUCGGUGGAUGGCCGUUCAGGUAGGUAAUAUCUGAGAUGGGACUAUUUGUUAUUAGGUACUCGAGAUCGCAUAUCUAGAUGAGGGCAGCAAGGGGGGUGCGAUAUCAGAAUAUGUACUUCCUUACACGGCGUUUUUCCCCCGGUAGGAAAAGGAUGGAGAUUGAAAAAUACGAAGUAAAGGGGGAGGAAGGCGUAUUGGCAGCACAAAAGUCACUUAUCAUCAAUUAAUUCAAGCAGCAAAGAUACCCCAGUCACACUCGCACAACGAAUACAGAAGACAGAAGACAGA